CGAAAAAAACACAGAUCCAGUUCCACACACCCUCUCCCUCUCCCUCUCCGGCCAGCCAGCAGCAGCGGGGAAGCAGAUGGCGGCGCCGGCGGUGCAGGUCGCGUCCGCGCUCUCCGUGCCACUCCUCUCCGCGAUCCUCGGGGGCGCCAUCGCCCUCGUCUUCCUCGCCGGCUACCUCCGCCGCAAGCGCGCCGACAUCGCGCACAUCCCUCCCUCCGCCACCGCCGCCGCCCCGGACCUUCCCAAGCAGGUCCGCCAAUCCAACCAGCCCAGGAAGGGUUCCCGCCCACAUCACCACCACGCCGCUGCCGCCGAUAAGGAAGCCGCAAAGAAGCACCACCGCCUCGACGUCAACACCCUGAGGGGGCACACCGACUGCGUCACCGCCCUAAGCUUCUCCGGCGACGCUGGCAGUCUAGCCACCGUAUGCGCCGAUGGAGCUGUGAGAGUAUUUAGGAUCGAUGAUGCCUCAAGCAAGAGUUUUAAGAUUCUGAAGAUAGACUUGCCUGCUGGGGCACAUCCUACUGCCAUCGCCUUCUCGGAAGGGACAUCAUCCGUCAUUGUGGCAGCACAAGCGCUCUUAGGCUCGUCCCUCUAUAUGUAUGCGGAUGUCAGUGCUCCUCCAACUGGGGGAAACAAACAGCAGGGCAAGCUUUCCCCACCCGAGAUCAAGUGGGACCACAAAAAGAUUCAUGGCAAAGAAUCUGUGCUGAACCUCGCAGCAGCUCGUGCGACCCAUGGUACUGGUGAUGGGAGCACGAUUGUCAUUUCUUGCUCUGAAGCAACUGAUAUCAAAAUUUGGCAUGGAAAGAGUGGAAAGGAGUUGGGAACAGUUGACACUAAUCAGUUAAAAAACAAUAUGGCCGACAUAUCCCCAAAUGGCCGCUUCAUAGCUGCUGCAGCUUUCACUGCUGAUGUCAAGGUGUGGGAGAUUGUUUACUCAAAGGAUAGUUCAGUGAAGGAGGUCAACAGAGUGAUGCAACUCAAGGGUCACAAGAGUGCUGUUACUAGUUUGUGCUUCACUCCGGAUUCUGAGAAGAUCAUUACGGCAUCAAAAGAUGGUACUAUUCGAGUAUGGAAUAUCAAUGUAAGGUACCACCUUGACGAGGAUCCAAAAACCUUGAGAGUUUUGGCAAUCCCGCUGCAUGACUCAGAAGGUUCUCCUUGCUUAUACAAUCACAUGGGCAUCUCCCCAGAUGCCAAAGUUCUGGCUGUAACAAGUGGAUCGACGUUGCAAUGGUUAUGUGCAGAAACUGGUGCAGUUUUGGAUACAGCUGAGAAGGCUCACGAAGGUGAUAUAGCUGGCAUUGCUUGGGCUCCACGGACUAUUCCAAAUGGUGGCGCUCCUGCCUUUCUCUUGGCGACCUGCGGGGAAGACAAAAAGGUGAAACUGUGGUUAGCUCCAGAGGUUAGUUCAACAUGAGAGUCCCGAUCGUAUCCUGGUCAUCCUCUACAAGGCAGCUUCCCCAAAGGGACAAAGAAACAGAGAGAUCCGAACUUUUAUUAGACAAGCAAAUCACAGUUCAAUUUCUUUGAGUUUGAGGGUACUGUUUAGUCCUGUUCGGUUCGGAGUUGUCAUAUAUAGAGUUGCAGAAAAAGAGAUGGAAUGUGCUGUGUAACUGUACAUUGCCAUUGCAUUAUAGUCUCCAUUGAAUCUGCUGCCUUUCAGAUGCAACUAAAAGUUUUUUUUGGAA